UGGAAGCAGAGGGGGCAUUUCCCAGCAGCUACUCCCACAGAGAAUUACAUCUCCAUGCAUCAGCUGGCAUGAUAAUUACACACCCACUUCACACCAUCACCCACAUCUCGGAUGCCCAUCCCCGACUGAAGACCCCCGGUGCACAACUCAGGAGCGACACGGACACUACCAGCGGCUUUCUGCAUCACUUAAAGACAAGUAACAGAUCUUAACAGACAUAUCAGAAGCUUUGCAGUCUGCAGAGGAGGAGAGGGACUCAGGAUCCACCGACACCACUCAUUUAAGAUCAUUUAGAGAAGGAGACUUUUUGAAAACGAUGGCCAACUCCGGUAUUCAGCUGUUAGGAUUUUUCCUGUCGCUAAUUGGCAUCGUUGGGCUGAUCAUCGGGACUAUUCUGCCGCAGUGGAAGAUGUCAGCAUACAUCGGGGACAACAUCAUCACAGCGGUGGCCAUGUACCAGGGGCUGUGGAUGUCGUGCGCUUUCCAAAGUACCGGACAGCUCCAGUGUAAAAUCUACGACUCCAUUCUGCAACUCGACAGUUCACUUCAGGCAACUCGUGCCUUGAUGAUAGUUGGCAUCAUUGUGUCCAUCGCAGGUCUGGGAGUGGCCUGUAUGGGAAUGAAGUGUACCACCUGUGGAGGGAGUGAGAAACUACGCAAGUCCUGCAUCGCCAUGACAGGAGGCAUCAUCCUACUAGUGGGAGGGCUGUGUGCCAUCGUAGCGUGCUCAUGGUUUGCUCAUAAUGUGAUCCGGGCAUUCUAUAAUCCCUACACUCCAGUCAACACCAAGUUUGAGUUUGGUGCUGCCAUCUUCAUCGCCUGGGGCGGCUCCCUCCUAGAUGUCCUGGGUGGAGCCAUGUUGGCUGCUUCCUGUCCACGAAAGAAGCAAGUGUCCAAGUACCCAUCCAUGGCCAGUUCCCGCUCCGGCCCGCCGAGCAGCACUAAAGAAUAUGUCUGAGAGCGCCCCCUACAGCUCGGGACUCCAACAGAAGCUGACGAAGAAGUUUCCCCCAUUUGUUGCAGCAUCAGCGAGGAGUAAAACUGAAGGUGUUUGGGAAGUUGUGAAUCAUAGAGGCAAAGAAUUACUGAAAUGGGACUUUCUUUUCUUUCUGUUCAGGCAGGCCUUUGAUAACCCCUUGAUUAUCAUGCAGCACUCUCAAUUGUUUCAUGAAUGAUGUCUCUCACCCCGUCCACACAUUCCACAAUUGUUUACAAGUGAUCUUCACAAAUACAAUAUAAUUGGAUCCCCUGACUUAAUACAGAAGCCCCCGGGGUGUAACCUCUUGAAUUGUAGCCUAAAUGGUGGAUUACAGCCAACGCUUGCACCUCCAUGUUAGAACCAGCAUCUAUUAGCAUUUGCCAUGUAAUUGUAAGCAAUCCAUUCCAGUUUGGUGGCUACAGCAGGGACACAGCGUGACAAUACAGUGUUUUAUAUGAACUGUUGGUGGUUUCUAAAAUAGACGUUACGAUGCACAGGGUGUGACUUCACACACAGUGCUCACUGUGUAGGGUGACCGUAUCACACAGGCCUUACUACAACACUCACUACAGGCCCUGCAGCUCUUCAUACCAGUCUGUUACAAACCCUGCUCAGAUAUGAAAUAUUUUGUUAUGUAGUCACUGUGCCAUUAUUGCCUUAAUUGCUUCCAUAUCAGUCACUAUGAGAUUGAACUGCCUCUAUUUAUUUUGUCAGACGUAGGAUGAAGUGUUUGCUCCUGUGUAGAUUUAUAUAAUUAGUAGUUCACUGUGGCCCACUUCUAGCAUUCAGAGAUUAUAAAGUCAUAUUUUUAUUAAGAGGUUUUAUGCUCUGAACUGUGUGGGCAGUUUUUUUUAAAUGUCGUAGUUUUAUACACUUGGCUCAUCUAUCAGAUAAUGGUGUACUGAAAAAUGAAUGAAAGAACAAUUUGAACAUGUCCAACAGUACUUAAAUAAUAAAGAUAUUGCAACAUUGUUAA